GAAUGUAGGUGUCACACAGGCAUCAAGUGCACUUGCACUGUUUACGAAUUUACAGUACACACGUGUGCGAUCGUAUCUUUAAAUUAUUUCUUUAACCAAACCACAUGCAUUCGUAGUAUUAUGAUUAUUAUUUAAUUUGUAUCAUAUUUACAAUGCCGAAAGUUGGAAGAGAAAAAUCUAAUAGGAUUCAUAAAGAAAUAGCCCGACAAGGGAUAUUUUUUAAAACUGAAAUUGGACAACAUAUUUUAAAAAAUCCCUUAAUCGUUCAAAAUAUAGUAGAGAAGGCAGCCCUUAGACCAACAGAUGUUGUUCUUGAAAUUGGUUCUGGGACUGGCAACAUGACAAUGAAAAUGCUGGAUAAAGCAAAAAAAGUAAUAGCGUGUGAAAUUGAUAGUAGAAUGGUUGCAGAAUUACAAAAACGUGUAAUGGGAACUCCAGUACAAUCUAAGCUCCAAAUUCUGGUUGGAGAUGUUUUAAAAAUAAAUCUCCCAUUCUUUGAUCUGUGCGUCGCUAAUAUUCCUUACCAAAUUUCUUCACCCUUGGUAUUUAAAUUACUCCUUCAUAGGCCUAUUUUCAGAUGCGCAGUUCUUAUGUUUCAAAGAGAAUUUGCAGAGCGCUUGGUCGCUAAAGCGGGAGAUAAACAUUAUUGUAGACUUAGUGUAAAUACACAACUCUUGGCGAGAGUCGAUAUGUUAAUGAAGGUAGGAAAGAAUAACUUCAGGCCCCCGCCAAAAGUGGAAUCAAAUGUUGUAAGGAUAGAGCCGAGAAAUCCUCCGCCACCAAUUAAUUAUAAAGAAUGGGAUGGCCUAACUAGAAUAGCAUUUGUUAGAAAAAAUAAAAUGCUUUCGGCAGCCUUUAAACAGACAUCGGUAACGGCAAUGAUGGAAAAAAAUUAUAAACUUCACUGCAGUCUUAAUAACACGCCUCUUCCAGAAAAUUUUGAUAUAAAAGAAAAAAUUAAUAAUGUCUUAUUAAUAAACAAUGUAGCUGAUUUACGAGCUCGAACGAUGGACAUUGAUGAUUUUGUGAAAGUAUUACAUGCAUUUAAUAAAGAAGGAUUUCACUUUGUUUAGUUAAUGCCGUUAUUGUAUACACAUUUGUUAAUAAAUGAUGAAACAUGCUCGUUGCUUACAAUAUGUUUAUACAACUUAUUUUUAAAUAAAUAAAAUAUUUAUAUAAAUUGGAAAGAUUGGUUGGUUGCCUUGAAAAAUUUUAAUAGCUCAACAGAAUUUUACAUUAUUUGCUCGAUGCAAAUGCUUGCACUGUCCACAUCAGACCAUAUAUUGUUUCACUCGAUGCUUAAUAUUUGUACAAAAUUUAAAGAAUAAUAAUACAUUUAUAAAGUAAUAACUAUUUUAAUUUUAUUUAAAAAGUAUAUAAAUUAAUCUACUUAACGUAUUCUAAUCCCCAAAGAAAUGUUAAAUAUGUAUGACAAAUUUACAAAUCAACUGACAUACAAAAUUGUUUAUGUUGUGUAUUUUAAUGAAUUAGUUUUAUGCCAAUAAUUCAAAUGCACAUAUUUAUGCAUCUCUUUGGAAAACGAAGUCUUUAAUGUAAUGAUUAUCAUAAAGUCAUAACGAUAAAAUAAGAAAACUACUAUCUUCUUUAAUGAAGUCCUCGAUUGCAGCAUGUAUGUAUCACUUAUGCAGUAGAGCCUUGAAACUUCCCGGGGUGCAA